AUGGCUGAAUUUACUUUGAAUAUAAGUACUUGUAGCAAAACAGGUUAUUCUCCUUUUUAUUUAACCAAUACUAGAGAACCAGUAUUGCCGGUUAGUUUAUUAGCUAGUAUGAAACAAUAUGUUUUAAUUGAAAAAAUGCCGACUAUGGAACAUUUUGUAAGUCAAAUGAAAGAAAUUUAUGAAUAUUUGCAUGAAAUGUGA